AUGGCCAUUUUUACUGCGCCUCGGUCAUUCCAAUAUAAUGGCUUCCCUCAGGACCAGAUAGACGUUAGCAGCAUAAUGGCUACUGGCGCUGGUAUGCACAACAAGCACCCCUCAUUCGUUCACCUCUGCCUACUGGUCUUCGAGGCCGUCCUGGAGGUAGUAUGUGUCUCUCUCCCAGGCUACAUCGUUGCCAGACAAGGACUCUUCGAUGCAGAUGCUCAAAAAUUUGUGGCAAAUCUUAACGUCAUUUUGUUCACCCCAUGCCUGAUCUUCAUCAAGCUCGGCUCCCAAUUGACAGCAGAGAAAAUCACUGACCUGGCCAUUAUUCCUCUAAUAUUUAUCGUUCAAACAUGUGUCUCAUACUUCUGCGCCUUCGUGGUGACGAGGUGCUGUCGGUUCAAGAAACGCCAAUCGAACUUUGUGACGGCCAUGGCGGUCUUUGGAAACUCUAACUCUCUCCCUAUAUCCCUUGUCAUCUCCCUCUCCAAGACUCUUAAAGGCCUUCAUUGGGACCAAGUACCAAACGACAAUGACGACGAAGUUGCGGCUCGAGGUAUCCUUUAUCUGCUUAUCUUUCAACAGUUGGGACAGCUCGUACGCUGGAGCUGGGGGUACCAUGUCCUUUUGGCCCCGAAGGAGCGAUACCUAGAGGAAGAUAGCGAGUCCGAUCAGUCACGUAUCGAACAGGGCCAUGCACGCUACACGGACAACCCAGAUGAGCCACUAGUCCAAACGCGGAAUUCGGAUGAUUUACUCAACCCUGACGGUCACGGUGAGCCCAGCGAUGGGUUCCACUCCGGGGAAGCAACACCAGUUGGGACUGGCAAAUAUUCAUACAGCAAAAUCUCCUCAACGAACUCUACUACUUCCGGAGAUGAAGAUCACCACUCUGAUAGGCCAUCAAGUGCAAUCGGGUCUCCCCCAACUGGACUUUUCCUUCCGCGACAAAGCACAGGAGACAUCAUGUCAUUCCCCAACGUGGAGACCACCUCCGAAGAAUCAGAGCAGACCUUGAUCCAACGAUGGAAAGCGUCUAUUCGUCGCGGUUGUGAAAAGACCCGGGCAUUUGCGAGCAAGAAGGCAGCGGCCGUAUUUGGAAGCCUCCCAACACGGGUUCAGAAGACCCUCUCAGCUACCACCCAUAGCAUCUCCCGCUUUCUCCUAGGCCUGUGGGGCUUCAUGAACCCGCCCCUAUGGGCAAUGCUGACGGCUAUAGUCGUGGCCUCGGUCCCAGCCCUGCAACACCUCUUUUUCGACAAGGGUACCUUCGUCCGCAACUCGGUCACUCGUGCCGUCGAGCAAAAUGCCCAGGUCGCCGUACCGCUCAUCCUGGUCGUUUUGGGUGCCAAUCUCGCGCGGAACACCCUUCCCGAAGAGGCUCUUGCCGACAUUGAACACCCGAAGGCGGAGCGCAAACUCAUCAUUGCCUCGUUACUGGCUCGUAUGCUACUCCCGACUCUGAUCAUGGCACCAUUCCUUGCUCUGCUGGCGAAAUUUGUGCCGAUCAGUAUUCUGGACGAUCCCAUCUUCAUAAUCGUUUGCUUCCUUCUCACCGGUGCCCCCUCGGCACUGCAACUGGCGCAGAUUUGCCAGAUCAACAACGUUUACGUAGGCGCCAUGUCCAAAAUUCUUUUCCAGAGCUAUGUUGUCUGGAUCCUCCCAUCUACCCUCUUUCUCGUUGUUUGUGCCCUGGAAGUGGUGGAGUGGGCUACUGCUGUUUGA